CCUCUCUCUCUCUCUCUGAUAUUUCUAUAUCUUCUUCUCUCUGUGCUUCUAAAACGAUCGGACGGUGCACAAUGACCGGAGCCUCCGCCGCUGUUUUCUAGAAGUUUCCGAGAUUCAAUCCCUCAGAUCUCUCCUCCUGGUGUCUGGUUGCCGCGAAAUGGAAGCUAACUACGGUUCAGUUGGGGUUAACGGCGCGCCGCUAACACGCGCCGUGGAGGCCUUGGCUGCUUUGCUGCUCUCGGCUCUUCUCCGAACUCUGGAUCCUCUUGCGUUUUUACCCAUCAAUGGAGCUGGUAUUAAAGAAGAUCCUCACACUCCAUGCCAAGUUAAGCCUGCUGAUGCCGAGGGAGAUGAUGAAGACGAAGACGAUGAUGGUGGACUUGAAGAAGGCGAAGAGGACUUGUCAUCUGAAGAAGGAGAAGAGUAUGAUAACAAACCCAACAACAAUAAGAGUAACUCAAAGAAGGCCCCAGAAGAUGAAGCAGGACGUGGGGCUGAAGAAAAUGGAGAAGAGGAAGAGGGCGAUGAAGAAGAUGGUGAUGACCAAGAAGAUGGCAAUGAGGACGACAAUGAUGAAGAUGACGAUGAUGAUGACGACGAUGACAAUGACGAUGGAGGAGAAGAGGAUGAGGAAGGAGUCGAGGAGGAGAAUGAGGAGGAGGAAGAAGAUGAAGAUGAGGAAGCACUUCAGCCACCAAAGAAGAGGAAGAAGUAGAGACUUACAGGAACAGUACGUAAAGCCUCUCUCGAUUAUGACUUGCUUUCUAACUCUUUAUCUAGAUGAGGGAGGGUUUCUUAGGAUGGUCGUUUAAAUUGGUACUUGUAUUUCCAAUUCUACUGUGCUUUAGGGAUAAAAGAGACUACAUUUGCAUUUCACAAGUAGAGAACAUGUAACCGUUCCCCAAUAUGUUCUGUUCAGUCACCUUUGUAAUGUUCUGUUGUAGUAUUUUUUCCAUAACUAAAUGACUGUUUAAAAGUUGAGAAAUGUUUUACAAUAGAAGUGAUUAUGCAAAAGCUAAAUUUCUUUUUACUUU